UUUUUAAAUUACGGCACCAAAACACCGCGAAAACAGGUAUAACAAUAAUGGAGUUCCUUGUGCCGCUGCACGCGGCGGACUUGGAGCUAGCCAAGGCGGGUCGCUACCACGUGCAGUCGGUGCUGACGUUCGAAGACGAGACACCGGCGGAGAUCUCGGUGCGCGUACAGCGGCUGGAGGAUCAGGUAUUGGGCAGCGAGGCGGGACUGGAGCUAUUGCAGGAAGACUGGCUGGACUUGACGUACAGUCUCGUCAAGAAGCUGCCGACGCUCUCGGAGUCUCUGCGUAUGCGUGUGGUGGAGAUGCUGGCGGCCUUUGUGAGUAACGUGACGGAGGGUGUGCUUGCCAGACGCCCCGGCAGCGACGAUGCGGACGACGUGGCAUUAUACCGUAGCACCUUCAAAGCCAGCGUCUACUUCCUCAUAACAGCACUCACGAGUGUCAGCAGUCUUCAACUACAGGCAGAGAAGGAUAUUAUCAAGCACAAGGGCAAGGGAAAGAAUCAGAACUCGACUAUUAACCGCAUCAACUGGAGCAAAGUGGUGGAAGGAGCCAUCCACAAACUCAGUCGCUCUGUCAGUCCCAAGACGUUCUCUAUGUGGAAUAUGAACGUGCCUGAGGAGGUAAGAGAGGAGAAAGCGAUGGAAAUCUUUGAAUUACUGACAUUUUCUUGCUAUUUUGGGGCAGGAAUUCUCCAUGUUAUAUUGUAAAGUGGUCUUCGAGCUGCUGGGUAACGCUACACUUUGUCGCGGGAAGUCACUCAAGCCCAAACUUUACCACCUUCUGGCUAUGAGUUUACAGAAGGCUCCAGCUAUCCACAUUUCCGUGGUGGCGUCUCUCAUCGACCUCAUCUACACACACGAACACUUGAGUGCCUCUAUCGCGGAACUUGUUGAGUUACUUUACUUUAAGUAUGCCAAUAUGACAUUCGCGGCGGAUCUCAUCAGUGAGAUCGGGAAAAUCUCGUCACGGGACGCAUCCAAGGACGUGGCUGGAACACGAAACAUCGCCAUGUUCCUUUCGAGUCUGUCGACGCUUACACCUGCUUUGAUUAUGGGCAACUUGAGUUUCGUGCUGGCCUUGCUGGACUCGGAAGCCUAUCAACUCCGCAAUGCUGCGGUGACGUGUGUGACUCAGAUUCUGCUCUGGAAUUUCCGUCAAAGCGGCCAGCAACAAGAGACUGACGAGCCUGAAGCUGCUACUGCGUCGAGGAAGAAGACGAGGAAGCACAGGAAGAUGGACCAAGAGACCAAGAACGACGGCUCAGGCACUGACGAUAGUAGCGAGGAGGACGACGGCAGCAGCAGUGACUCGAAUGACGAAGAAGAAGACAUUGGGAAGGCCAAUGCGAAUGCUCCACGUACAUUCUCCCGCUCCACACGCGACCAGUUGCUCAGUGUACUGGAAGAUCGCACCCACGACGUCAAUUCCUUCGCUCGAGGCCACGUGCUUAAGAUGUGGGCUCUGUUGUGCGAGGAAGGAGCUCUGCCGCUGCAUAUGCUCAAGAACGUGACGUUGAUGGCUGUCGGACGGCUACAGGACAAGGCGGCGGUGGUGCGUCGUCAUAGCAUCCACUUACUGUCCUUGUUACUGGAAAGGAACCCGUUUAUGGGCAAUCUGGACCGUGGAUUCUACGAAAAGAAGCGGGAUGAGCUUACAGAGGAGAUGAAGAAGAAGCGAGACGAAGUGAUUGCUGGUGCAGAGAAGGAAAUGAACGAAGCGUUGGGGGAGAUUGCCAUCCAGGGAGAGGACAAGGCUGCUUCUGCAUCCCCUCAACCGACGGUCUCAUCAGAAGAGCAAGCGGUUGCACUGGAGAAGGAGCUACAGAGGACGAUGCGUCUGCUCAAGUUUUACCAGGACGCUAUUGACUUUAUUGACGAGUUCGAGUUGCAAGCUUUGCCUCUGAUGGGUCAACUACUGGGCAGUAAGUCCAUUUCUGAUGUGCUGGAGGCCAUCCAGUUCUUUGAAAAAGCCUACCGCUUCCAUCUUGGCGCUGCUCAGACCGGAAUCAAGAAGGUUUUGCCCUUGACGUGGCGCUCUGACGUGUCCAUCCAGGAGCAGCUGUCCAAUACUUUCGUGGGUCUGUUUAUUCGCAUCGAUGUGGACGAUCCAGAGCGGAACUCGCCUCAAUUAGUAGCUGAAAACCUCGUCAAGUUCUUGGAUGAAUGCACCGUCGCUGAGUACACGUGUCUGGAGCGGAUCAUGGGGGAACUACAUCGCAGUCAGAAGGUGCCGAUGGUGGUCAUCAGCUCACUGUGGGGACUGGUGGACGUGACUGUGUACCCGAUUUCAGUGGUGAGCAACGCACUGGUUCUUUUGAGUAUGAUCGCUAAUAUCGAUGACUCGAUGCUCUUCUCCAACGAUCGUCUCGGUCAAGUUCUCUCGAUGGGCUUUGGUGAUGUGGCAUGCAGUCCAGCGUCUCAGUAUCGCGUCCUUGGGGCGGCCUGUCGUCUGGUGCAAUGUAUUCAGUUGGAGCCUAAGAAUGCGACGGCCAAGAGCAACAGUCAGACCCAGCGACGCAUCCAACGUUCCAAUCUAGACGCGACAGAGCAGAUUAUCCUACGCUUGCAGCGGUUCCUUGCUCUGGAUUUUGUGAGUGACGACGGGAUUGAGGUGGAGUGUCUGCACUCCACAUGGUUUGACACUGUACAGCAAGCAAUCGAGGCCAUUUUCUCGAUUUGUGAGCGUCCAGAAGACGUUUGUGGCGAUGUGAUCAAGCACUUGUCGCUGCGUUUGUUCGAGAGCGAGACGAAUGAUGUGUCCCGAGUGGAGCUGGCCCACUUUUUCUUCGUGUUGGGCCACUCGGCUGUAAAGGUAGCCAUCCACGUGGAGAAGCUGGCUGCUAAAGUCAAGAAGAUGCGUGGCAAUCGCAGUGCUGCUGCGAGACCUGCCGAGAAUUCAGGUUUAAAUGACGCUGAAGACGUGUCUGCCAUGGAGGAUGAGCUAGGGGUGGCUGCAGAGGUGGAGGCCGAGGAAGACACGUUUGUCAACAAUAUCAUCCAAAAGGAGAUCGCCUGCCGCAAUCUGCUUGGAAUGUAUGGUCCACUGAUCAUCCGUGUGUUGGUGGGCAAUGAAGAAGAGUUCAUGAGUGACGAGCUACUGACGGAGUGUGCAGUGGUGGCGCUGAGCAAGUUUAUGGCUGUGUCGGAGGAGUUCUGUGAGAAGCAUUUGCAGUUGUUGUUUACCAUCCUACAGGACUCGCCGCAACCUUCAGUCCGAGGCGACGUCAUCAUUGCACUAGGUGAUCUCUCGUUUCGAUUCCCGAACCUGGUGGAGCCCUGGACGUCACAUCUGUACAAUCGUCUGCGAGAUGUCAACCUCAACGUCCGCAAGAACACAAUCGUUGUGCUCUCUCACCUCAUUCUGAACGACAUGAUCAAGGUAAAAGGUCAGAUCAGCGAGAUUGCCAUCUCAUUGGUGGACGAAAACGACGGCAUUCGAAGUCUGGCCAAGCUUUUCUUCUUCGAACUGUCUAAGAAAGGCAACAACCCCAUUUACAACAUGCUCCCAGACGCAAUUGGCCAGUUGUCUACAAGUGAACUGGUCUCGAACUCAGACUUCCAGACGAUUUCACGCUUCCUGAUCCAGUUCAUCACGAAGGAAAAGCAGAUUGAGAGUAUUGUAGAGAAGCUAUCGCAGCGGUUCCCGACGGCAGCAAAGGCGCAGCAGCAGCGUGAUCUGGCCUAUUGCUUGGCGCGUCUGCCGCACACUGAAAAGUCCCUCAAGUAUCUGUACCAAAACCGCAAACUUUACAGCGAUGCGCUUCAUGAUAGUGCAGUGGCUGACAACUUCACGUCGUUGAUUGCAAAAGCAAGACGAGGCAACAGUGCACUCACAGCCACAGCGGAGAUGAAGGAAGCGAUCGACAAACUGGACCAAUUUGUGGUUGGAACAAAAGAAGGAAAGGAAGAAGAUGAAACGAUGAACGGAGAAUCAACGGACAGAGGUUCGUCGCCCAAGGGCAAAGCCAAGCGUAAACUCUCCGCUAAAGCUGCGAAGGCUACGCGAGUGACGUCCAAGAAGAGAGAACGAGCCAAGCGAAAGACUCGUAAGCAGAAAGCGACACGUGCCGUGAGCGAGGAAUCGUCGGAAGAAGAGUAGGAAUUAACUUGUCGUGAAUAUUCACUGCGUGCUGAUUCGGAUAUGAUAAGCUCAAGUAGAUACCUCCAAUAGAUAAGGAGUUUAGCCUGAAAGAGGCUGCCGUUCAGCCGCCAUCAAGCUCGUGCAGGCAGUCAAGACGCGAAGAACUUCGUCCGGGUCCUCUAGAUAAUACUGCGCGCGACUGACUUUCAUCCCCACUGUGCACGUGUAACAGUUGCUUCCUUGGACAACAUCGAACAUAUCUUCGUCUGUGCGUUCAUCGCCCAGCGCCAGAAUGAAAUCAAAGUCCAGCGCUGUAAAGUACGGUGUCUCACUCUCGUACUCGAGAAUGCGACUCACAGCGCGGCCUUUGUUCACACGCCACGGUCGAAUCAUGACGUACUUCUUGAUCCGACACAUGACCACACCGACUGGCAGAUCUCGCAGCAUCUGGUCGAAAUGGAGCUGCAUGUCCUUCGCCUGCUUCAGUCCAAAGGUGGGGUCGGCGUCUCGAAAGUGCCACGUGUAGCAGCAAUCCUUCACGUCCAGUAGGGAACCAGGAGUGCGCUCUGUGAAGUGUUCCAAGAUACUCUCCACUUCAUCCCUCCACUCCAACUCAACGUCACUGAACAUACAUUGCCAUGGAGCUCUUUCCCGGAUCGCACUCUCACUACCAAUGACGGAAGAAGAGGAACUGGCCAGCGGGUUUUCUUCAGUGGAUAAGGUCGAUUCAGCCGUGUGUGGUGAGUCUUCACUGGUUCUACCUGUCAGGAUAUCCCCACCACUAUCAGUAUUGGGCUUAAACGGGUGUUUGGAGGCAGGACGGAACCAAUAGCCAUGCUCUGCAGCCAGUCCGACUCGCGGUAAGUGACCAAACCAUUCCUAUUAAGCAAACAACUCGUUAAGUGAGCCACAAAACUGUAUAGCAUCAACGCAAGAGGAAGCAGUACCUGUAAGCGGUUCUUGUUCCUUCCACUGAUGAUGUAUACAGUGUUAUGAGGGUCGGCAGUCAAAUCUUCCAGACACGACAUCAAGGCUGCAGAAGGCUCGGCCAGUUCCUCCAUGCUCUGAUAGUUCACAAGUGUUCCAUCAUAGUCGAGCAAGAAUAAACGUCGCUGGCUUCGCUCGUAGUACCCGAGCAGUUGUGCCGUAUCCAGUUUAUCCAGACGGUUGUACUCUUGCGCAGUAGCGGCAGCCUGCGUCCAGGUAAAAAGCACGCAUGGUUAACUCUCGGUCGACAUCAUGUCAAACACAAUUAACUCACCUCGUUCAGGGCUGACAUGAUUCGUUGAGCCCACAGCGUCGACGUGUACGUGUUCACAUAUCGCGACAAUUGGUGGUGUCGAAUCCGCUUCGUAGUAUUGUUCAUACGAAGCGCUGUGUCCACACUUGCUGCCACUUGUUCAAUGUGCAUCGGAUUUACCAGUAACGCGCCCUGGAAAGAUGACGCACACCUGUCAGUAGCAAGAGCUUUCGUCAACACAACAAUAUAAUCCUACAAUAGAAAGCACUGUACCCUGCAAAUUCGCUGUAGACCAGCACCCCAUGACAGCUCUUCUUCUGAGCAGCAAUAAACUCCAUGGCC